GUGCAGGCUCAGCGACCCGACUUGCAGUGCGAGCAGAGAUGGGUCUUGUGCCCUUCAAGGCCCAGGUCGGUGCCUUUGCGAAAGGGCUUGUCGCAGGCGGGCCGGCCGAGCGGGCAAUUGGGAUUGUCGCAGCGGGCAGCGCAGAGGACCUUCCGCGAGGCGUCGAUGUAAAUCGGACGCCCCGCGGUGGUCCAAUAGACCUGGCGCGUGCAAAGGUCGGAUUCGAGCAGGCAGGCGUAAGGCGGGCGUUGCUCAGAAAAUUCUGCCGCGGGCACAUCGAUGUCGAUCACCCAGUCUGCCUGCGCGCCUUUGCCGUGCGUGCCUUUGCCGGCGGGCGGGAAGCGGGCGGGCGGGCGGAUCUGGGCGGGGCGGGGGCGGCACGGCAGACGAGCUUGCGGGCUGGUCGGGUGCAGGCUGGCUGGCGGGGGCGGCAGGCUGUGCUGGGGGCUGCGCAGGCUGCGGCGCAGGCCGUCCGCAAAGGCGCGGAUGAGCCGGCGGACCUGUGCGGGCGAGAGCUCUGCCACCUGUUCGCGCAGGCUUUCGUCUCCCUGUUGGAGAAGAAAUUGCCAGGCGCUGGCAGCCAUUGCGGUGCGGGCGGUCAGGCAAGCAAGGGCAAGCAAGGCGUUGCAAGGUAA